CGGCUAAACACAUUGUUAUGAAACAUGAAUUAAAGAAAUCGGAAAAAAAGGUUUUAAAUGCAUAUAUCGUUUUAAAAUUUUAAUUUAUAAAUUGUUAAAGCCAUAAUUGUUAAGCUAUGCCUUUAGUUAAAGUUUAUGACGCUGCCACUGUACUUCGGCAUCUAAACGGUAUCGUAAAUAUAUAUAAGCCAGCAAAUAUGAGUUUAAAAAAGGUAAAAGAAGCUGUUCUCCAUAAUAUUACUCGGGACUUAAAUGAAAUGCAAGUACGUGAGCCACGUAAAAUUGAAAAGGAAAUACCAUUAUUAGAACCAGGAGGAGCAGCUAAUCCAGUGCUCCGUAAAAUUGAAACCCUCGAUCUGAGCGACCAUUUAUUAUCCACAGGACCACGUUAUAUAAUGAAGGAUAUACGUUGUGUUCUCGUUGCUGGCCUAGGCUAUCAUACCAGUGGAGUAUUGCUUUUUGGCAUGAAUAGAGGAAAAAAUAAAGCUUCAAAAAUACAGAAAAAUCGACCAAUACGCACUUAUCAUGUAAGCGGCCGUUUGGGUACAGCUACAGAAAAUCAUUUUCCUGAUUCUUUAACAACGGUGAAGUCCAAUUACAAACAUGUACAUCCAGAACGUGUGAGUGCUUUAGCUGCUUCGAUGCAAGCUUCACAUCAACGUAAAAUGUUUGAACUAUGUGGUGUAGAUAUACAAUCACAAGCGGCUUAUGAAAUCGCUUGUAAAGGUGCUGUGAGGCCAGCAGAUAAUAGUCAACCGGUUAUAUAUGGCAUUAAACUAAUAGAAUUUAAUCGACCAGAUUUUACACUUGAAGUGCAUGCCAUCAAUGAAAAUGAAAACUACCUAGCUACGUUGGUACAUGAGAUGGGCAUUGAGCUGCGAAGUGUUGCACAUUGUACAGGAAUUCGUUGUAUACGUCAUGGACAAUUUAGCGCUGAUACUGCACUGCUACGACAUGGCUGGACCUUAGCUGGAGUUAUGAAAAGUCUGCGUGAACAAAAGAAAGUACUGGAAGAACAUCCAUAUUUAUUAAAUCAAAAAAUUCAACUGCACAAUUAAUCAGUAUAGGAUUAUCGACUUGUUAAAAGCUUUCAAAAAAAAAGAAUUAAAAUAAAUUAAUUUUCUGUUAUAUUAAACUUGCAUAUUGAAAUUUUGC